AUGAACGGUGCAAGCGCAUCGUCCUCAGAGAAUGCCACACUUGUGGUCGAGAAUGGAAACCAAACUGGUUCUUUCUCCGAUGAAGUAAUAGAUCCCAGACUAAGGGCUUCGCCGAUGGCGACUACAUCCAAGCCGCCAUCGACUGGUACAACAGAUCCCACCAGAGAAACGCCGAAAGACAAGAAGACGAACACAAAGGCACGAAAUAGACGCGCUGGCGCUCAAUCGAAACCAUCGCGGAAGCCGUCUGGCCCAUGGCCUGACUCUCUGAAGCUUUUGUCCCAGACACACAGAGCUCUGAAUUUGGUGUACACCUUUUGUUGCACAAGGAAACAUCUUGCCACAACUUUUGAGACAAUCAAAGCUGCUGUGCAGGGCCAGAUGGGAGGUCGCGAAUUGACAAUCGAAGAUGUUGCAAAGAUCAAGGUUCUCAUUCCGCGGGCGGUCAAAUUUGAAUAUGUGGAUGAAGCAGCACUGGAGGUUAUGGGAGCUGGUGAAGGUGGAAAGGAUGAUUACAGAUGGAUGAAUGUGAAGAGUGCGAAUCUAGGCGGUGGCUUCAUUCCUAGUGAUGAUGCGCCUACUGUUGAACGGGAUGAACUGCAAGAAACGCGAGAUGUUUUGCUUUUUGAAUUCGUUGAUGAGGACUUGAGACGCCAGGUUAAGGAUAGUAAGACGGGAGAACCAACCAGACCAACAAAAAGGCUUAGAAAUGAUGAGCUGAAAAUGCCAGUUUACAGCCAAAAGCAGAUGCUGAAUUUGAUUGAAAAGAGAAACAAGAAGUUCUCGGACGCCAUUGAUGCCUUCCUGGUGAAAUGCGAAGACAACGGCGCAGAUCCUGUGGAACAAUUGGAAGCCGAGAAAGUCAUACCAAUGCCGUCCGUCAAGCAAGAUGCAGUCAAUCCUGCUAUUACGAGCGUUCCGCGUGAAAUACCGAAAGAACGCAAGCUAAUAGCGGAUAUAAUCUCAGAACUCAAGGAAAUGGAAUGGUAUACAGCCCAAAUAGUUCCAGAUGGCCAUAGGGUAUUCGAACCGCAGCCUGCGGUACACGGAGAUCUUAACUUUCCACUGUCACAAAACCUGGUCAACGCUCUUUACAACGCCAAAGGGAUAACACAGCUCUAUUCACAUCAAGCGGAAGCUAUCAACAAUUUAUAUGAAGGACACAACGUAAUUGUAUCAACAUCGACGAGCUCUGGGAAGUCUCUGAUCUAUCAAAUCCCGAUGCUUCACGAACUAGAACAAGACGCGAACAGUAGAGGGAUAUACAUCUUUCCAACCAAGGCUCUUGCACAGGAUCAAAAACGCAGCAUGAAGGGACUUCUCAACUACAUGGAAGGCCUGGAAGAGGUCGUGGUCGAAACCUUUGAUGGAGAUACACCAAUGAACGAACGGAAUACCAUUCGUGACGAAGGGCGUAUCAUCUUUACGAACCCUGACAUGUUGCAUGUUACUAUCCUGCCGCAGGAGAGCUCGUGGCGUACAUUCCUACAAAACCUCAAAUUCGUUGUCGUUGAUGAACUUCAUGCGUAUAAUGGUCUCUUCGGAUCUCACGUAGCCUUCGUUAUGCGACGGCUGCGAAGGAUUUGCGCGGCUGUAGGAAAUCGCCACGUGAAGUUUAUUUCGUGUUCAGCUACUGUGGCCAACCCGGAGGCACAUAUGAAGACUAUUUUCGGAGUUGAUGACGUCCGAUUGACUGAUAUUGACGGCUCACCUGCAGGCCGGAAGGAAUUUAUCUGUUGGAACACGCCAUACAAAGACCCGCAUGAUCCUACAUCUGGUAGAGGAGACAGUAUUGCAGAAGCGGCACGACUGUUCUGCCAACUUAUUUUGCGUGGUGUCAGGGUCAUAAUUUUCUGCCGGAUAAGGAAACAAUGCGAAAUCAUGUUGGCAGCGGUGAAGAGUGAAUUCCAGACUGUGGGAAGGCCAGAGGUAGCGAACUUGGUUAUGGGCUAUCGUGGCGGUUAUAGCCCGCAGGACAGACGCCGAAUUGAAAAGGAAAUGUUCGAAGGGAAGUUGAUGGGGAUUGUUGCGACCAAUGCACUCGAGCUUGGAGUUGACAUUGGUUCGCUGGACGCCGUCAUAACUCACGGCUUCCCCUUUUCGAUAUCGAAUCUUCGUCAGCAAAGUGGACGAGCUGGUCGGCGAAAUAAAGAUUCGUUAUCAGUUUUGAUCGGAGACGGAUUUCCAACCGACCAGCAUUAUAUGAGCAAUCCAGAUGAGAUAUUUACCAAGCCGAACUGCGAAUUACAGGUAGAUUUGACGAAUGAACUUGUGUUAGAAGGACACGUCCAAUGUGCAGCAUUCGAGAUGCCACUCAGACCGGAAGAAGACAAGGUUUAUUUUGGUGAACAGCUUGAAGAAUUUGCGUCUACCCGUCUCGUCAAGGAUGCACUUGGAUACUAUCACUGCAAUGAACGAUUUCGACCCAAGCCGUCAGAAUUUGUAUCGCUACGAGACAUGGAAGACAGCGCCUUUGCAGUGAUCGAUAUCACGCACAAUAGGAAUAUUGUGCUCGAGGAAGUGGAAGUCUCCCGAGCUUUUUUCACCAUCUACGAAGGCGGCAUCUUCAUGCACCAGGGCCAGACAUACGUAGUGCGAGAGCUCAAUACAGAGAAACGUCUUGCAAAAGUUGUGCAAGUCCAGGUCGACUGGAACACGCAGCAACGCGAUUAUACAGAUAUUGACCCCAUCGAGACAGAAGCCAUUCGCCAUAUUGCUACUUCGUCGCGGGCUUUCUAUGGAGUGAUCCAAAUACACUCCGUCGUAUACGGAUUCUUCAAAAUCGACAAGCGCGGCCGAGUACUUGAUGCCGUGCAGGUCGACAACCCACCUAUCGACACGUUCACCAAAGGAAUGUGGCUUGACGUGCCCAAACGGGCAUUUGAAAUCCUCGAAUCAAGACGCCUCAACAUCGCAGCAGCCAUUCACGCGGCGGAGCACGCCGUUCUAUCCCUGUUCCCGACAUUCGUCAUUUCGCUCCCAGGCGACGUUCGCACUGAAUGCAAAGUGGCCAAGAAAGAACUCGGCAAGAAUCUGAAACGGGCAAACGAGGCUCUUUCCACGCCUUCUAGAACCACCAGUGCUUUCACACCUUCUUCGAACAACAAGAAAAAUCCAAACCUUGAACCUCCGCAUCGCCAGCGGCCCGCCCGUCUGACAUUCUAUGACGCCAAAGGGGGCACAUCCGGAUCGGGGCUUGCCCUCAAAGCCUUUGAGUUUAUUGACACCUUACUCCACCGCGCCAUCAAACGUAUCGAAGCAUGUUCCUGCAUCACGCCUCAAGGCUGCGUGGAAUGCGUAUGCGACGAGCGCUGCAAAGAGCGGAACGUGGUCAUGAGCAAAGCCGGGGCUGGCGUGGUGCUGAAAUGCCUGUUGGGGUUGGAGAAGGAUAUUGAUAUUGACGCAUUGCCGUGGGGAGAGGAUGAUGUAAAUAACAUUACUGGUACAAAUCAUACUGGUGGUGGUAGUGGUGGGAUGAUUGUGGAGAGGGAAAUAGUAGGUGGAUACGAGACGGUUGUUUUGGCGAGGGAGGUUAGGGCUAGGAACGGUUGUGAGGUGAGGGUAUAUUCAUGA